GAGAUUGCUUUUUUUAAAUGCCAAAUUUAAUAGAAAAAAAUAAGAAAAUACUAUAUUUUGUGUAUAAUUAAAUGUAUCUGGAGAAAAACAGUCUACAUACAUUCAAAGUCGUUGGUUGUUAUGUUAGUAAAUUUCCGAACUGAACAGGCAUGUUGUAGUCGCCCUAAUGGUAGUGAUGGCAACGCGGGCAGGCGGACGCCGUGCAUCGAGAUAGGAAAAUGUGGGAUAUUGAACUGAAUACAGAAACUGAGCGAUAUAAGAUCUAAUUAGCUCAUCUUGUUGCGUUUUUUAUUGCGCGUAAUAUUAAUUUCGUAAGCCUGUGUGUGCAGCGUCGACUGUUUAUGUGCUAUAUGGUUACCUUUAGGCUUUAGCCAUAAGCUAACUUCAAUUUCCUAAUACGUUCCUGGAUGCACUGGGCAGAGUUAUUGACCUGGAAUGAAGCGUUUAAAUGCUAAAGCAAAGUGAAACUUAAAUGUGCUGCCUAGGGUAGGGCUGAUCAAACUGAAGGCUGUGUCCAGACGAGCCGUCCCUACAUCAGCCCUCGGGUCUUUGAUCGGUAGAGGAUCCUCUCCGAAGAUGUCAUACGUAGCUAAACGGUGCGGAGUGAAGUUCAGCCCCCCGGCGAUCGUUCUGAUCUACGAAGACGCCGACACCGGCAAAAUGCGUCAGAGGAUCAUGCCAGUGAGGAACUUUUCGAAAUUCUCAGACUGCAGCAGGGCAGCAGAACGGCUGAAGAACAGCUUGCGGCACAGCCCCUACCUGGAGGGCGUGUCCCAGGAGCAGCUGGAGAGGCUCCACACUGUGCUGCGGGACCACCUCCUGGGCCGCCCCAUGCUCGACCCCCGGCCGGACCCUGGUGACGAGGACCUAAACAAGCUGGAGGACGAGGAGCUGGCUCGCAGGAAGGCGCAGAUGGACGAGCUCUUCGAGCAGAACCGGAGGAGGGAGGAAGACCCGGAUUUUAUCUACGACUUGGAAGUGGAGUUUCCCGAAUCGGACGCCCGUGAGCCAUGCAGCUGGGACGAGGAUGAGUCCGAUGAUGGCUUCUAGCCCCCCCACUACACGACAGUAACAUUCGGAGGCUUUGGAAUAGGGGGCGUGUACCCACCAGUAUUAAAUUUGGUUUCUUUCAUCUGCCCAAUAAAUAGCCUUUUCUCUUUCAAUUUUAACUUAUGUACCCCAAAAUCAAACUCUCUCCUACACAUUGAACAUGCUCCCAUGUAUAUAGACGCAUUUGUUCAGUUAUUUUGGUUAAAUGUGUGCAAAAAUAGUUCCAAAUGCUUCCUUGUGAUACUCCAACUGGGACAGUGGGUGGAGCUACAGGGACAGGAAGAGGGAGCAUUUGGGUACAGGAAGACAAAUGUUAGACGUCAGUCUACUCUGCUUCUUCCAGUCUCCUGAGGUCGUGAGACCUCCAGGGACCAUUUAAAAACUCCUCCCUACUGAAAUGAACAAUAGGCACCUGUUUUUCAUCAACUAAUAAUAAUUCUGACUCCAGGGACCCAAAACAGUGGUGCUCUCAAAGCAGGAACGCACACAGGCCGUAUUGCCUUGAAGCUGUGGAUGUUGAACUGUGAAUUACAGAUACUACACUCAGUCAGCACACGGUGGCCAGCACAGUUAUUCUGAGAAAUGAGUGAUCUCAAGUCCAGCUCUGACCCUCUUGUGAUUAAUGGCUGUUUAUGAAAUGAAGCUUUUUUUUCUUACAGUAUUGAGAAGUUAUCAGAAAAUGAACAGCGUCCAGAUAUAAAUGUACUUGGGUUCCAUACACCAUGUGUUACAUCAUUGUGUUACUACGAUUAUUAUAAUGUUUAGCUGAUGGGAGUGAUUUUGUGACAUGUAUCAGAUAAAUGAGUUAUUCGCACAGUAUGCAACCCCCAAAUGUGUUCUGGAAAGUUCUAGCAUUGUCAUUUUAUGUUUAAAACUUAUGGGCUGCAAUUCAAAUAAUAUAUAUGUAAAUGAUGGAUAGAUCCCCAAGUGAAUGACUGAUGAGGUCAGAGAGAGCAGUGAGACCCUGUGUUUUUAAAACAGUGUAACAGGUGAGACCCCCAAGCUGUUUGAUAAAGAAACCGCUGCUACAGA